AUGGAAAACCUCACGCCUGAACAAUGGCGCGAGAUCAUGAACAGGAAGAUGCGGUUCCCUCCGGAGCUCAUCAGUGCCAUUCAUGAGGGGAAAAUAGAGCUGCUGUGUGGACUGCUGAAGACCGGCGACGGCAUCAUCCGCCAGCUGGAUGAGUCUGAGGAUCGCCAGUGGAGGGAGGCCCUCAACCUGUCCAUCCGCCUGGGCAACGAGGGCUGCAUGGACGCCCUCCUGCAGGGGGUCAAGUUUGACUUCCGGCAGAUUCACGAGGCCCUGCUCGUCGCUGUGGACACCAACCAGCCCAGAGUGGUGAAGCGCCUGCUGGACCGCCUGGACCAGGAGAAAGGCAACAAGAUGGACGUGCGCUCCUUCUCUCAGGCCAUCUUUGACCACUCUAUUGACAACUCCCAGUUUGCCCCUGGUGUGACUCCUCUGACGUUAGCCUGCCAGAAAGACCUGUAUGACAUAGUGAGCAUGCUCACCCAAAAAGGUCACAUCAUCCCGUGGCCACAUAAGAUAUCCUGUGCCUGUCUGGAGUGUCGUAACGGCCGGCAGUACGACCUCCUGAAGUUCUCCUUGUCUCGUAUCAACACCUAUCGUGGCAUCGCCAGCCGUGCCUACCUGUCCAUUACCUCUGAGGAUGCCAUGUUUAGAGCUUUCAGCCUCAGCAGAGAGCUCCGUAAACUCUCGCAGAAAGAGCCGGAGUUCAAGCCUCAGUAUCUGGGCCUGGAGGAGCUCUGUCAGGAGUUUGCCGUUGAGUUGCUGGGCAUGUGUCGCAACCAGAGCGAGGUGACCACCAUUCUGAACAGCUGUGGGGACGAGAGCCAGGACUCCUUAGAGGAGCAGGCCUUUGAGGAUGGAAUCCCCAAUCUGUCCCGUCUGCGUCUUGCUGUCAACUACAACCAGAAGCAGUUUGUGGCCCACCCAAUCUGCCAGCAGGUGCUGUCAUCUAUCUGGUGUGGGAACCUGGCAGGCUGGAGAGGCAGCAGGACGGCCUGGAAGCUGUUUGUCUCUGUGGGGAUCUUUGUCACCAUGCCCGUCCUCUGCCUCGUCUACUGGAUCGCACCAAAGUCAAAGGUAGGGAAGAUAUUAAAGACUCCUGUGAUCAAGUUUCUCCUCCACGCUGCCUCCUAUAUGUGGUUUCUCAUCACGUUACUCGGAGAAUCUAUAACAAUGGAGAUUUAUCGAGGCAAAUUUGCAUCCCGGCAUCAGAACAUCCUGCACAGCUCCUUCCACAUGGUGUGGGUGGUCGGAUUCUUCUGGUACGAGUGUAAGGAAGUGUGGAUCGAGGGGCUGCGGAGUUACUUCCAGGACUGGUGGAACUGCCUGGAUGUGAUGGUGCUCAGCAUGUACCUGUCGUCCUUCACGUUACGUGUGCUUAUAAUGCUCAAAGGUCACGUCCUCUGCCAGGAUUAUGACGGCAAAGAGGAGUGCGUCUACUUCACUCAGACUGUGCGCGAGGACUGGCAUCAGGAGGACCCCCAGCUGAUUGCGGAGGUGCUGUUUGCAGUGACCAGUAUGUUGAGCUUCACACGGCUGGCGUACAUCCUGCCAGCACACGAGUCUCUGGGGACUCUGCAGAUCUCCAUAGCGAAGAUGAUUGAUGACAUGAUGAGAUUUAUGUUUAUUUUGAUGAUCAUUGGAACAGCCUUCCUCUGUGGCAUCAACAAUGUCUAUGUUCCUUAUGUCAUCUCUCCACAUCUUGGCAGGUUUAAUGAGACGUUCCACUUCUUAUUCUGGACCAUGUUUGGCGUGGCCAACCAGGACUACGUGGACAUGCCACAGUUUAUGUUGGCAGAGUUUGUCGGAAGGGUUCUGUACGGCAUCUUCACGCUCGUCAUCGUCAUCGUCCUGCUCAACAUGCUUAUUGCCAUGAUCACCAACUCCUUUCAGAAAAUUGAGGACGAUGCAGAUGUUGAGUGGAAAUUUGCCAGAUCGAAGCUGUACCUCAGUUACUUCAGAGAGGGCCUCACCAUUCCUGUGCCCUUCAACAUCAUCCCCUCACCCAAAGCUGUUUUUUACAUCUUACAGGGCAUCUUUAGACAAAUCUGCUGCUGCUGCACUUGUAAUUCUGAGGACAAAUAUCCCGAUAUAGCCUCUAUGACCAAUAUUAAGGGAUCUGAAGACAGCCAGUUGCCUUACCGCCAGCAGGUGAUCAGAGCUCUGGUGCAACGCUACAUUGAAUCGGCACGCAGGGAGUUCGAGGAGACCAAGAGGAAAGAUAUCGGUAAUCGGAUCACUUUGCUGACCAAAACGGUCACCAGGAUGCAUGGUGAUAUGAAAGUGGUCAACCAGGUUUUGAUGGACGAUGGACACACUGCAAGCAACGCAUUGACCAAAGAUGGCUCCUCCUUUCUGGGGAAAUACAUCAUUGGUGCCAAGAACAAUUUCAGAGGUUUUAACAGCAGACAAGAUGAGAGAAAUGCAUCACUUAAAGUGACAGUGCACCAUGGAGAAGAAGGUGUCGAUAAAGAAAAGCUUGACUCGGAUACAAAACAAGAGUCAGACGCACAACAGAGUCAGGUGAGCGAAUGUAGAGCAGAGGGAUCAAAGCAGGUAACAGAUUGCGAUGUGCUGAAAAUGGAGGAAGGCAGAAUUCAAAUAGAGCUAGGAGAUAAGAAGGAAACGGAGAAAAAAGAGCUGGUGGAGGCAGACAAAAGUGAAGUGAAAGAGGAAGUGGUGGCAGGGAGACAUUUUGAUCAUGUAGAAGAAAAGCAAAAAGCAGAGGCUCCACAGGAUGAGGCAGAAAAAAGAAGAGAGGGAGAGAUACUCAGAGUGGUGAAGGUGUGUGGAAAACACACAGAGACGACCUCCCAACAAGCUGAGAUGGAGGCAAAAUGGAUGAAGGGUAGAAUGUUUGAGGAAGAUGUAGCAGAGAAGUCUGGUUCCAGGGAGAGCAAUGCAAAACCUGGAGCCAAGAAAACCAUUCCCUCGCCAACAGGCAGCAGCAGCUCCAAGGACACAGGCUUUGGUUCCCAAGAAGGGGAGGGAUCGAUGGACGGGACGCUAGUGAGACCGUAAUCGUAGUCGUCUCCCAUUUAAAGGACCACGCUGACUUUUUCAGCGUUUGGCUCUUUGGUAAUAUUAUUCAAUAUCUGAUGAGAGGUAAAUGUUCCAUGUUUUUGGGAAAAAUAGUCUUGCAUAUAUAACCGCCUGUAAAACAGGAGAUUUUCCUUUUUAUACUUUGGUUUUUGUACUUAUUAAACAAACAUUUGACAUACUUUAGAGGUGUUGGUAAGUUUAGUUUUUUCCCCUGAUCCCAGUUAACCACCUAAUUAGCUGCUCGCUGUAGCUUCAUAUUUAAUGAACAGGCAUGAGAGUAGGAUCAAUCUUCUCAUCAAGCUUUACGCCAGAACGCCAAAAAGGAUAUUUUCCAAAUUGUAGAAAAAUUCCUUUAAUUAAAUCAUUCAUUCAAAGAUCUAUUAGGCUACAAAUUCGAUUUUUUCAUUUAGGGAAUGAAUGUUCUCGUAUUUAUUUGCUGAGACAGAGAUCAUGUUGUUACAAUCUUUUCAUCACAUGAGAGAAUUUGAAAUUUAAAUACAGAGCCUGUAAAUUGCUAAAUGAGCUAAAACAGCACAUUGAAUUAAAAAUGGCUCACUUCCUGUUAGGCUUCGGGCAUACCUCUAAGAGGCUUUUUUGUGCGUCUCUUCAUGUUACACUUGCCUAACAAAUUUCGUAUUUGUAUGUUCAAUGUAGGGCUCAAUUUUAGCAACUUUGUUUUGUGCUGUCCCUCCUCACUGCCAUCUUUCAAACUGUACUGUUUAGGAAACUCUGUUGGUCAUUUUUGGUUUCUCUUAACAUUCAAAUAUCAGAAGAAAGUAGCCUUGUGUUCAAUUAACUUACUUUGUAACAUAAUUAAAACACUUGAAAUCCCAUUUAUUUCCGUGUCUCUGUAUUUUAG